AUGUUGAGCAAGGCUCUCCUGGCGUCCCUGGCGCUCCUGGCUUCUGGGAGUCUCCCGGAUGGUCCCAUCAUAGCAGCCUGGCAGGAUUGGUCCGCCUGCAAUGAGACGGAGACGCUUCGCGCUGUGAAGGAGGGUGUCAACGUAAUCUUUUGGUUUGCGAUUUCUUUGGUCAAAGACCAAAGCACCCAACAGCCGACGAUCACCGGUGGUCCAGACGUUGAGUGCGUGGCAAAAGUUCGGGGCGCUAUUGAACAGUUGGGGCUGCCGACCUCGCACCUCAUUACUAUUGGUGGUUGGGACGCCCCGCACCCAGAUACUUCCUUUAUUGGAGAACAGUGGUUUGAUGUGUGGAACGAAUGGAACAACCGGCUGCCGGUGCCUUUCGAUGGCUUCGACUGGGAUCUGGAGGGAAACGACGAUGUGUCAUCCCGCGACAAUGAAUUUACUCCUCAAUGCCUACAGCUGGUGAUUGACAUGUCCGUUGCCGCCAAAACGGCUGGCUUGCUGGCAACGCUGGCCCCACCACAGUCCUAUUUCGACGUCACCACGCAGGAGUUCAACCGAUUCCUAAAUAAUUCGGACCCGCAGUGGCAUCCUGAAUUUCAUUACAUGGGCAGAAAUAGCUAUGCGUAUCUGUUGGCGGCUGCUCCAGCUGGGACCUUCGACCUGGUAGAGGUGCAACUUUACGAGACCUUCUCACCAGCUCUUCGGAGUUUGGAUAUGGGCAUGCCUGGCGACGAGUACCUGCGUCUUUGGAGCAAAGCCCUCCUGGCUGGGUGGAAGAUCAACGUUACCGACCCGAUGCUUCCUUUGAAAGGGUUGGUGCCUGUUCACUUGGAGCCCAGCCGUUUCAUUGCGGCUUUGAGCUUUGCACCGGGAAGCUCAGCAGGGAGGUCUGCCUUCUUCUGGCCCGACCAGGUGCAGAGAGCCUAUCAAGAGGCUGAUCCUUCGAAGCGACCUCGCGGCUACGCGUUUUGGAACAUUGCUAUGGAUGGCAGCAAGGUCAACGACACCAGCCAAAAGGUACACUUUGCCCGCAGCCUGAACUCCUUCCUGCACGUGAGGCCCACUGAGGCCGAAGACCCCUUCGUCGUCUGA